GAUGAUAUUCUUCAGAAGCCGGUGCUUCCUCCUUACCGGCAUUCCAGUAUUACCCCGUGGAGGAGUGAAACUGACAGAGCUGCGCUAUUUAUUUAUUUAUUGUAGUGUAUUUUAAGAUUUACGGAACCCAAGAUGCUCGGCCUGUGCCUUUACGUCCCCGUCUCCAACUCAGACCCAGUUGAGGUGGAAUAUUUUGAGUCAAAUGGACUGCCGUCGGAGCUGAAGUCUCUGUUCAACAAACUGAGCGUGUUCCUGCCUUCACAGGAAUUUUCAUCCUACAAAAGAUGGCGAAAGAAAACCUUAAAAAGAGAAGAAAGUAACUCAGGUGGACAGCUGGACUUUGAAGAGUUUGUUCACUAUCUACAGGACUACGAGAAAGACCUAAAGCUGCUGGUGAAAAGCCUCACCAGCAAGAAUACAGGCCACGUUGAUCCUCAGGAAUUCAUGCAGUCCCUCCAGGACAUUGGUGUGCAUAUUUCCCCGCAGCACGCGGAGAAAGCCCUUAAAAGCAUGGAUAAGAACGGAAUGAUAACUAUCGGCAGUAAAGACUGGAGCAACUACCCCGUGGAGGAGAAGACCGAGAACAUCCCUGAAAUCAUCCUCUACUGGAAGCACUCUACGAUAUUCGACGUGGGGGAUAACCUGAUGGUGCCCGAUGAGUUCACUGUGGAGGAGAAGCAGACCGGGAUAUGGUGGAGGCACCUGGUCGCCGGCGGAGGAGCUGGUGCUGUUUCAAGGACCUUCACCGCUCCACUGGAUCGACUCAAAGUCAUGAUGCAGGUUUAUGGAUCCCGAACCAACAACAUGUGUAUCAUGACCGGGAUGAUGCAGAUGAUCAGAGAGGGUGGUAUGAAGUCAUUGUGGCGAGGAAAUGGUGUGAACAUCAUCAAAAUCGCCCCGGAGACGGCCCUAAAGUUCAUGGCGUAUGAGCAGAUAAAAAAAUUGAUCUGUAACGAUAAGCAGACUCUGGGGAUCUUGGAUCGAUUUGUUGCAGGAUCUCUGGCCGGAGUGCUCGCACAGAGCACAAUCUACCCAAUGGAGGUCCUGAAAACCCGCCUUGCUCUGAGGAAGACCGGGCAGUACUCGAGUAUCUCAGACUGUGCGAAGCAGAUUUUCAGGAGAGAAGGACUCAGUGCUUUUUAUAAAGGCUAUAUCCCCAACAUGUUGGGCAUCAUCCCCUACGCAGGCAUCGACCUGGCAGUGUACGAGACGCUGAAGAACAGAUACCUGCAGCAGUACGGCACCAACAGCAGCGACCCCGGCGUGCUGGUCCUGCUGGCCUGCGGCACCGUGUCAAGCACCUGCGGUCAGCUCGCCAGUUACCCUCUGGCUCUGGUCCGCACCCGCAUGCAAGCACAAGCAGCAGUGGAGGGCAGCCAGCAGAUGACCAUGUCCGGUCUCUUCAGGCAGAUCUUGCAGACCGAGGGCCCGACGGGGCUGUACAGGGGCCUCGCCCCCAACUUCCUCAAAGUCAUCCCUGCCGUUAGCAUUAGCUACGUGGUGUACGAGCAUUUGAAGACACAGCUUGGGGUGAAAUCGCGCUGAAGCUCACCCUCUCAUUGUCAGGACACUUCUGAAGAUUCAUGUGACAAGUGACCCUCACCCACUCUCCGUCUCCCUCCCAUAUCGCUCCUGCUAGGGAAACCCAGGGGCCUUUUGGUUCCUGUGGCGAUCUCAUUCUGUGAAUGUCCGCCUGAAUAUGAAAGAUGAGAAAGGACACUUAAGUUGAAAAGGUGGAGGAUAUGGACUCUGUGAGCUCACGUUGUCGGGAUUGUAAACUGCUGCUAUUUUUUAUUUUUAAAAGAAGUUGUGUUGAGAGUUGAAAUGAGAAAAAAGAUGGAUGUGGGUGAUCAGCUAUUGGAGGACCAAAUGCUUAUAUUGUCCCUGCUGUUUGGUGCCUGUUACAGUUUUUUUUUCAUAGUAGUGUGAUUGCAGGCUCUGGGCAGUUCACCAGCAUUUGUGUUAUGCAACUCUGGGGGGAAAAACUCCAAUUACGAGUAACUUUAGAUGGCAGAUAGCAUUAAUAAGCAGUUUCAUUAUUCAACCAUUCUACCUAUAGGAAGAAAUGUGUUCUUAACAGAGAACUUUGCACACGUGAGUUUGAUCUCUCCAUCCCUCUCCCGAAUGAAUCAAUGAAUGGAUGAGCGGAUUUCCUGAAUUCCAGUCUGCAGUAUUUAUUGUUUUGAAUGUCUAGGAGAGGAAGGAGGUACAAUGCUGCGUGAUCCUGGAGAGCCACAUGUGCGAUCUUUAUAAAUGCAGUGAUUGUAUUCAGGGUGAAAACUAACACAAGAGACAGCCUUAACAUGUGCCUUUGAAACGCUAAAUAUAGUUGUCUGGUGAAAUGUGGUUUGUCUACUCAUGAGUCACUGUAGCUGAUGUUAGACCUGGAAAAUAACUUUUUUGUUGUGUGUGUGUGUAAACUGUUUCAGAUUAUGUCUGUUAACUUGUGUAGAUAUUCUUGCCCAUUUUCUAGGUAUAAAGGUCUUAAUGUUCACCUCAGGUUACGGGCAGAUUAUUGUUUAAUUCACAGAAAAGCACACAAAGCCAAUGUUUUUUGUUUCACUACAUGUUCACUAAGAAAAACCAGGGCUUUAAAAAAAGAUGGGUGACAUAAAGCACUUUAAUCAAUGCUGGAAGGGCCUCUGAAUUAAUGUCAUAUCAAUCCAGGUAUUAAGGUUUAAUGGACCACUUUGAUGCAAAUAAAUGCAAAUUCUUGUAA